CUGGCUUGCUUUGGUUACUUGCCCUAGCAUCAGUCGCAAUGGAAUCGAAAAUACAGCUUUGUAUUCGCAAUUUUCCGGAUUCGUUCAAGGAAAGUGAUAUCAGUGCUUUUUUGGCUUAUUUCGGGAUAAGCGGUGUAAAAUUUCUCAAGCGUCGGAAUAAAAUCACAACUAUAGUUAGCCUCCAAGAUGAAGUGGUUGCAAAAACUGUAUUGUCUCGAUUACACCAGCUUAAAAUUUUGGACAAACGUUUGAGUGUGGAUUACUAUCACCCUAAGGAGGGAGAAAUAAUUGACGUGAAUCCUCCGAAACCUCCGGUUGAUGUUCAAAAACAAUCCACACAGAAAGUUAGUGACUUUGUUAAAGCCUUGCUCGCUGUACAUCCUGUGGAUUUCAGUCAACCCCCGCCGCCUUAUCUACGGUAUCGCUAUCCGCGUCCAACGCGGGAAAUUAUCGACAGCAUUUGCGUUGCGUUGGAAUCGGUGCCCAAAUUCUACACCCAAGUACUGCAUCUCAUGAAUCGGAUGAACCUGCCGCCACCAUUUACGUCGCAGAACCUUCAGCGGAGUCAACAGUUGGAAGCGAACACGAAAAAAGAUGCCUCUCAGCAAACGGACCUAACAAUGAUGUCGGACUCACGCCUAGCAGACGGCGAAUCAGAACUGGAAUCCGAUGAGGAAACCGCACCAAAAAUGCCGUCCAAACACCGUUUGGGAUUAAUCAAAAAUCGAUUCAAACCUUAUGAGGUGCAAAAAAAUUUACCCACCAUCAAACAUCACAACGUUGACCGAAUUUUCCAACCGCCUGCAAUCAAACAGAUGCAAAACAUUAAAAUGCGUCUACCGGAAAAGUUGAAACCUGUUCAAAAGGCUCCCACUCCACAGCCAAUGGUCGAACAGUUAGAAAACCACCCGGAACCAGAACCAAUCCCACCCGACUCGGAUUCGCCCUCUAUCAUAUCCGAGCAAGAGCUGAAGGCGAACCGCAUUCCGGCUGAUCAGCUGAACGAGUUGCAUGUGUUCAAGAACUACACACCGGGCGUUCCAUCCAACAAGCUGUACAUCAAAAACCUCGCCAAAACGGUCACCGAACAGGACCUGCAGCGAAUCUUCUAUCGCUUCCAGUUGAAGGACGCGGCGCGCGAAAUCGACAUCAAGCUAAUGCAGAGCGGUCGGAUGAAGGGUCAAGCUUUUGUCACCUUCCAGUACGCCUACGAGGAAGACUUGGACCGGCUGAAGGAGAAACCGAUCGAACGCGCCAUACGGCUUACCAAUGGCUUCAUACUAAAGGACAAACCCAUGGUAGUGAUGUACGGCAAGACGAGCGGUGCGGAGAAAAGCGCCUGAAUGAGAGUUAA